AGGAGGGAAAAAAUAACGCAGAAUAAAUAAAACCUGAUGUCGAAGACCAAACACAUUUGAGUUCUCCAUGGCUGAAAAAUAGAAAAUUAAAGACGAUGGCAGUGGGGCCAUUUUAUUGGGCGUAAGUGCAAGAGUGCCAAAUUUUUGUUUCUUUCAAAAUGUUUGAACUACUGGAACAGUUGAAUGACUACAAACAGUUUGUUAUAGUCUUUUCAUGCAUUGUUUAUGCUUUUGAGCAAUACUUGAAUUACCGACAACAUUGUCGUUACUUGAUGUGUCAUCGUCCUGAUGAGUUGGCUGAUAUUGUCACUGAAGAAGACUUUAAAAAGUCUCAAGCAUACAAUUUGGACAAGUCUCGCUUUGGCUUCAUCGAAUCCUUCUAUAAGCAAAUCGAAACUGUCUUGAUGCUUCACUAUGACGCGCUUCCCAAGAUGUGGAAUUUCUCUGGAGAUUUGUUGUAUAAGAUUAGUGGAUACAACACUGAUUACGAAAUACUUCACUCACUCGUCUUUCUCAUCAUCUUUACCAUCUUUUCUACUGUCACAUCAACACCCUUCAACUAUUACUCCACCUUUGUUGUCGAACAAAAGCACGGUUUUAACAAGCAAACCGUUAAACUCUUCUUUGUGGACAUUAUAAAAAUGCAGUUUGUUAUGGCCGCUCUCAUGUUUCCAUUCAUUUCAGCUUUCUUAUGGAUCAUCAAAGCAACAGGCGAAAGGUUUUACUUUUAUGUUUGGGUCAUUGCUAUCGUCUUCCAGCUGUUUAUCAUCACUGUUUAUCCAACCUUCAUCCAACCCUUGUUUAACAAAUUAACACCCUUGGAAGAAGGAGAGUUAAGAACUCGCAUCAAUGAAUUGGCAGCACGCAUCCAGUUCCCAUUAAAGAAGCUCUAUGUCAUUGACGGAUCCAAACGCUCUAGUCACUCCAAUGCCUACUUUUAUGGAUUCGGAAAGAAUAAGCAUAUUGUUCUCUUUGACACUUUGAUCGAUCACUCUAAUAACGAUGAAAUCUGUGCUGUCUUGGCUCAUGAGCUUGGUCACUGGAAGAUGGGACAUACACUUAAACUUCUCAUUGUCAACCAAAUCCAUUUACUCUCCAUCUUUUGGUUAUUCUCAUUAUUCAUCAACAACAAGCAGCUCUACACUGACUUUGGAUUUGACACAAUGCCUACAUUAAUUGGCUUCAUGUUGUUCCAAUUUAUCUAUUCACCUGUUGAAAGUGUCAUUGGAUUCUUACAGCACGUCUAUCAACGCAAGAACGAGUAUGAAGCUGAUGCUUAUGCUUUGAAACUUGGUUAUGCUUCUACCUUACGCAGUGCUUUAAUCAAAUUGAGUGUUAAAAAUCUUGGUGGAUUCAAUGUCGAUCCAUGGUAUUCUGCUUGGAAUCACUCACAUCCUAGUCUUGUUGAAAGACUGAAUGCUCUUGGUGUUGAACCUACUUCUGAUAAACCUAUUGCAGUUGAAGACAAGAAGGAUUUAUAGACGACUCUUUUUUUUCAAUAAACUGCAUAUUGUUUCUAUAUAUAAAUAUAUUCUUUCUCUCUUUGUUUUCUCCUUGAGAAGUGGGGCUUCUUGAUAUUCAAGCUGGGUCAUUGUUACAAGCAUAAUGAAAGCUUAGCGAAAAAAAAAGCUGUCAUGACCGCGUGACUUGUUUAAAGCACU